GCAAGGCGGUGUGACGAGUAGCCGAACACCAAGUAUGUGACUUUGUGGACGGACUCUGGUGAGAGCUGAUUGAGCCUCUCCAGCUGUUGAGUGCCGCGCAUCGGUACCUUUAAGAUGCGGCGGACGGAGGCUUGUGCCGCCUAUUGCACCUAAACGACACCAUUUUACCAAGCGUCCAUCUCGGCCCGGUUACCGAAGAAGCGGCCGGUGCUCUUUGUGUCGACCGAGAGAAAGCGGCGGGUGGUUGCUCGGUGGAGCUCCCCGAAAUGUCGGGAGAGGUGGAGAAGACAUCCGUGGGGAGGCGCAGAGAGCAAAUACUUUCCCUUUAAAGCAGAAAGGGACACGACGAGAUAAAAAAAAAAAAAACGGGAGAAGGACAGCGAAGGAGGGAGGGACACGGUUUGAAAAAAGAGAAAGAUGUCAUCCCGGCCAUUCAAACAGCGAGGCGGAGUCCGGGAUCGCGGCGGACCAGGAGCGUUAUAGUUAGGGGAUGACCCUGACUCGAGGCCGAGGCUUUGUACCCGCGCGAAGGCCUUCCUGGAGCUAUUGCUAAAAAUGUAUGCGGGGGGUCGUUAGCUUAUUUUUUUUUACUUAUGUUUUUGCUUUUUAGUGCAUCUUUGCCGUUUAUCACUGUAAACAUAAAGCAAUGGAAUACGAAUGACAGCUUUUGUUGGAGUGAAGAUGGAGCAGCAACACUGAUUUAAAGCAGACGAUACGGCCUCGUAUUAGUAUUUACUUAGCAGUACUAUAGUACGUAGAAGUACUAUUUAGUCAUUUAGCAGCGGUGGAGUGAGGCUGCAGCAUGGACACAUCAUGGAGUAAUUUCCUCUUCCAGACGCCGGCGACACCGAGCCAGCAAGAGGCGCCCCUGCAGUCGGAGCUUCUGCCCGAACUGACCGGCGGGGCGCAGAGUCCUUUGGCGGACCACAUGACCACGCCGCCGUCCACCGUAGACACCGCCGCACUGAGCGAAGAGCCGCCUCCAGUCAAGGUUGCACCUAAAGCCCCGCGGCCUGCCCAUGUCUGUGCCACCUGUAGCAAGGAGUUCAAGAACAGCUACAACCUGCGGCGCCACCAGUCGGUUCACACAGGCAUCAAGAUGAAGGACCGCGCCCGGGACAAGGAGGGGGGCAGGGUGGUCCAGAAGCAGACGAUCCCUCUGUCCCUCCUCCAGCUUUCCCUGCCGCCGCCCCCUCUGCCCGACCCCUCCUCCCCUGCGGCCCCCGACUCCCUACCCCUGCACGGCCAGUCUGUGUCAGUGUCCAUCGCCCCGGUGGGCGUGAGCGUGGCAAUGGCGCCUCAGCCCAUCCAAGCAGCCCUAGUGGUGGUGGGCUCUGUGGAGCAGAAUCCCAACCCCAUCCCCAACCCCAACGCCAACCAGGUGCGCAAGAACCACGCUUGUGAGGCCUGCGGGAAAGCCUUCCGAGACGUGUACCACCUGAACCGCCACCGGCUGUCCCACUCGGACGAGAAGCCGUACUCGUGUCCCAUCUGCCAGCAGCGCUUCAAGCGGAAAGACAGGAUGAGCUACCAUGUGCGCUCGCACCAGGGCGGCGUGGAGAAGCCCUACGUGUGUCCUCACUGCGCCAAGGCCUUCUCACGCCCGGACCACCUCAACAGUCACGUGCGUCAGGUUCACUCCACAGAGAGGCCCUUCAAAUGCACGACGUGCACGUCGGCCUUCGCCACGCGGGACCGUCUGCGGGCUCAUCUGAUUCGCCACGAGGAGAAGGUUCCGUGUCACAUCUGCGGGAAGCUCCUGUCAGCCGCCUACAUCAGCGACCACAUGAGAGUCCACAACCAGUCACAGCACCACUCCUGCCACCUGUGCAACCGCAGCUUCACCACGCUCACCUACCUGCGCGUGCACGCUCAGAAGCACCACGGCCAGGAGUGGAAGGAGAGCGGCGGCGCGCGCGGCGGUUUCGGAGGAGCGGGGCCCGGCGGCGUGCUGCUGUGCCAGUUGUGCGGCGUGCAGUGCAAGACCUCCACGCAGCUGGAGGGUCACAUGGGAACCCACGCCAGCCAAGCGGACCUCGAACCGACAGGCGCGCAGCCGGCGGGCGCUGCCGGUGUGUCGGGGGGCGGCGAGGUGGGACUACUGGUGACUGACUGCUCCAGCAUUGCCCCCCAGACACACAGCUAGCGCUGACUUUGUUUCGACGUCAUGAUUACAUCACUGUCAUGUGAUGAUUGCUCCAUGUGAACUAAAGACGUCUGUCACUUUUAAUUAGUGGGCGUGAGGAAGCCAAUGAUGUGUUAGCAUGUAAAUACUUUUCUAAACAUCGUUGUCAUCAACUUUGAAUGUUCCUCUUCAUCGUAGCUCUCUUGGUGAAACUAUCUCUGUGCGUACUGAUUGUUUGUGUAUUAAAUGCAGCAGCGUGCAUGUCUGGAUUGAGGACGUCCAAGCUAA